AUGGAAGACAACCAGCCGAAGUAAAGUUGCUCCUCACAGUUGGGUGGCAAUCGUCAAGAAGAGCGGACGUUUUAACAAGAUUCCCUUUGAUAAUUCACGCUGGGACAACAGUCCUGCUUUGAAGAAAGGCUACGUUUACUGGGAUUUUAUUAAUACAGAUUAUCAUUAAACAGAAGAGAAAAGAUGGGUCCAAUUUUUCUGAUAACAACAACGCUGCUGGUGAUAUUAGGAUUCCGGCCAGUUUCCGGUGACAUGUUUUCCGCUUCGGCCGAUUUGGCAAACACCUUUCGCCUUGAACAAAAAGUAGUCAAUGUGUUGGGAGAAUUGGUGGCACAGACGGAAGCUAAAUUAUCAAUCAUUCGACACUAUCUGGAGGAUUACCAGAGCGUGGUCGAGGAAAAAGCGGCUAGCGAAGAGGAAUUCAUCGAACGGGUGGCAGGGAAUCCCAUUCACGCUUACCGAUUGAUGAAACGUCUUUACUUCGAUUGGCAGACGGUAGAAAAAGAAAUCAAAGCUGACAACUGGCGAAACGCUCUGCGACAGUUGGAACGCGUUCGCAUGGGGGCGAAAUUUCCAAAAGAAGAGGAUUUCUUCGGUGCUGCUCAAGCGUUAGUUCGUCUACAAGACACUUACGAGCUGAACAUGACUCAAUUGGCUCGAGGAAACCUCUGGGGUAGACAAACGCGUGCAGAACUGACCGCCCAAGAUUGCUUGUUCAUGGGCAAACACGCCUUCAAUGCCGGCGCAUACGCACGAGCGGUCGAGUGGUUCGAAGAGUCUUACAUUCUAGCCGGACUGGAAAAUAACAAAACCAUUAGGCAGGAUCAGGUGAUGGAUUUCAUUCAGCACGCCAUCAACAUGCACGACGACACCUUGCAGCAAACGAAACAACGGAAACCGAUGGCCGUGCUAUCGCACACCAAUUCAUUCGAAUUACCUCUGAGGGAGAGACCGGCUGUUGUCCAACGGAAUGAGAUUAUUCGCAGUCGGAAGUACAAUCUCGGGAAACACAUCAGCGAUCAGGACGACGCUUCCAACUUUAACGCAUUGUGUAGGGGCGAAAGACUACUGAAUGACAAACUGCUGGCGGAGCUGAAAUGCUGGUACGAUACUCGCCAUCAGUUUUAUUUUCUCCUGAUGCCCAUCAAAAUCGAACAACAUUCAUUCGAGCCUGCCAUUUACACAUUUCACGAUGUGCUGAGUGACGAAGAAAUCGAAACAAUCAAGGAAUUAGCCAAACCACUGUUGGCUCGAUCUAUGGUGCAAGGGAAACUUGGCGUAGGACACGAAGUUUCAAAUGUUAGGACCUCGAAAACGGCUUGGCUUCCAGAGGGUUUACACCCAUUACUAAAUCGUCUUUCCCGGCGGAUUGGACUAAUCACUGGCUUGAAAACCGAUCCUAUUCGCGACGAAGCAGAACUCCUUCAGGUUGCUAACUACGGGAUUGGCGGACAUUACUCACCUCAUCAUGACUAUCUAAUGAAAGACAAAGCGGAUUUCGAGUUGGAAAAGAUGCCUCCUCGCGAACUUGCAAUGGGCGACAGAAUUGCCACUUACAUGUUUUACGCGAAAAAAAAGUACAUGCACCAUCGAGAGCUCCAAGCUGGAGAUCGGAUAGCGACAUUUAUGUUUUACCUUAAUGAUGUGGAGCGCGGCGGGUCGACGGCUUUCCCGCGGGCUGGCGUCGCGGUCAAGCCGGUGAAAGCGGGAGCCGCAUUUUGGUAUAACCUGAAGCGCAGCGGGAAACCGGAUCCUCUAACUCUUCACGGUGCAUGUCCCGUCUUGCUGGGACAUAAAUGGGUCAGCAACAAAUGGAUUCGGGAAACUGCUCAGACUUUCAACAGACGCUGCCUACUCGAUGCCAAUCAAUAAAAACAAGAAAGUCGCCAUCAAAAAUCGAAAUUUUUUUAAAACGAUAUCAUUUUUAUACCAAUAACGGUUGUGGUGUAUGACGUAUAUGUGUAACUGUCUAACAGUUGUGUAUUCCUUCAAGUACUCUGUCGUAACGUCAUUUCAAAUUUUUCUGUACGUAUUUUAAUACUUCGACAUUUCUUUUUCUAAAUUUGGCCCUAGUCAAGAAUUUGAGCCUUAUUUUCCGUGGUAUAAAAAGGCAUUUCAUUGCUUUACUUGAGCGUUUCUACGAUACUUUCGUAAUGAAAUCUGUUUAUUGGCAACCAAACACAGACCGUAUUUAUUAUUAACUGUCUGGACUGACGUGGAUGAUUGCGAAUUGUGAUUCCCUCCUUUUAUAUUUUAUUAUGAUUUCUCCGGAUUGUAGUUGUGAGAAUAAACAUGGAUUUUACCAAUGUCGUC